AUGGUCCGCAUCAACUCUAUCGCGGCUCUUGGCUCUGCCAUGGUAGGCUUGAGCAGCGCAGCUGGCGCUGGUACCAAGGCUGAGUACGCGUCUGGCGAGGUCCAUCACCGCAUCAUGGGCAUCAAGAUGGCUCAAUGGGAGGCUGAAAUCGCUGCUGGUGAGAUGGACAGCUCACGAUACCCUGAGCUCGGCUAUACACCGUGUGUUGACGGCUUUGCUGCUGCCAUUCCCGGCGACCCUCACCACACAUUCAGAUGCCGCAACCAGGUCGACCUCUACCACUUCCUCUCUCAUGAAGCCCUUGGCAGCUGGGGCGGACGUGGCUCAUCCUCAUGGGGUUGGACGUCCGCUGACGGCAGAGAGUUCGUUGCCAUCGGCCAAUACGAUGGCACUGCCUUUGCCGAAAUCAGCAAGGAGGGCAAGCUAGUCUACCUUGGUCGCCUCCCUCAAUAUGAUCGCAUCGGUUCCAACUGGAGAGAAAUCCGCAUUGUCGGUGACAUCGUUGUCAUUGGCUCCGAAGCCAUCCACCACGGCGUACAAUUCUUCGACAUGAAGAAGGUCCUCGACCUUGACCCCGCCAACCCCAAGAACUUCACUCAAGCUGAUCUUACCGGACAUUGGGAUGAGCUUCCAGUUGGUCGCACCCACAACAUUGUCGUCAAUCACGAGCUCAACUACGCGAUUGCCUGUGGUUCUGUUGGCGGCAAUGAGACCAUUCGUGUGCGAGGCGACCUUCCCUGCCGUGGAGGUCUUAUCUUCCUUGACAUCAGUGAUCCUACCAAUGUCACCAGCCCCGGCUGUGCUGCCGGUGAUGGUUAUGUCCAUGAUGCUGAGUGCCUUGUCUACCGCGGUCCUGAUGCGCGGUACUACGGCAAGGAUAUCUGCUACGGCUACAACGAGGAUACCUUGACCAUCUACGACGUUACCGACAAGAACGGCAAUGUCACCAACAUCAUCUCCAUUACCGACUACCCCGGCGCACAGUACGUGCACCAGGGUGUCGUUAACAACGAAACCUGGCAAGAGUACCUUUUUGUCGAUGAUGAAUUCGACGAGCGUGACGCCAAGGUCGGCCCCAUGACUCAGGGUCUCCCAACCACUCACAUCUUUGACAUCAGAGAUCUUGAGAACCCCAAGUACACUGGUCAUUACGCUGGAAAGACUCGCUCGAUCGACCACAACCAGUACAUCGUUGAUGGGUACCUCUACCAGUCCAACUAUGGUAACGGUUUGAACGUGCUUGAUGUCAGCAGCGUGACCAAAGACCCCAGUGGCAGCAGCAUCUGCGAGGCUGGCUUCUUCGAUAUUUACCCCGAGGACGACGAGAACGAGGGCGGUGGAACUGUUGCCUUCCUGGGCUCCUGGUCGUCGUACGCCAAUUUCAAAUCGGGAUUCAUCUUCGUGCACACUAUCGAGCGUGGUAGCUUCGUGGUGAAGAUGACUUCCAAGGAUUGCCCCAAGCCUCCGGUCUGCAACGCCGACAACUGCCUCCGUUCGUUGCGUGCGUCUCACAUUCCUAACCGCCUGAAGGAGUCUGGCGAAUUCUGCGGCAACUACACCCGCCGUCUGAAUACUGAUGAGAGCUUGGUACCCGAGUAUGCUGCAAAGGCGUGUGGUGGUGAGAACAAGAAUGUCGUGGCGCGUGUCAGCAGUGCCUGUGCUUGUAUCCCUACGCCUGCUGUACCUGAAUUGCCUAGAACCACCACUCGUCCUCCUGUGCCGACUGUUCUACCUCCUAAGAAGGUCUGA